UGCGUCAGUUACCUGUCCACACCGCUGCGUUUUAAUCAUUGUGGAUGAAAAUCCAUUUUUGAGGCGAAACAAGAAGAUAAUGCAUUGCACUUGUGUUUACUUAUAGACCGAUCUGGACUUUGUCUAUUAUGGGUGCAAAGACAGUCAUGAAAACAGCUAACAGGUCCUUGCUUUACUGUAAUGGAUCACUCAUUGCACCUUGAACACAUCUUGAGUGUUGAACUUUUGUAAGCUGCUGUUUGUGGAAAUCAAAACUUUUUUUUUCUAUCUCUGGACUUUAACUAGUAGUCCAACAUGGCUCUUAUGAAGGUGAAGUUUGAUCUGAAGAAGCGGGUGAAGCUGGCCCAGAUGCUAUGGCUCAUGUACUGGUUUUCCGUAAUGGCCAGCGUGCUGGUCUUCAGCAUGGGCCUUUUCUUUAAAAUUGAACUGCGCAAGAGAAGUGAACUUAUGGACAACAAUGAGAGUCAUUUUGUUCCCAACCUGCUAAUUGGUGUGGGUCUUUUGGCAUGUUGUCUCAAUGCCUUUGGUGGCAAGAUCUGCUACGAUUCACUCGAUUCCACCAAGUUUGCAAAAUGGAAAACCAUUCUGAAGCCCUUCCUCAUUUGCUGUUUGUUCUUCAAUGUUCUCCUUGUUCUCACAGCGGUUCUGUGUUUUGCCAUGCGUAUUCCUCUAGCGUUUACACUAGCUGAGGGCCUGAAAAAUGGAAUGAAGUACUACAAGGACACAGAUACACCUGGUCGCUGCUACAUGAAGAGAACUCUGGAUCUUAUGCAGAUAGAGUUCCGUUGCUGCGGCAACAACAACUACAAAGAUUGGUUUGAGAUCCAGUGGGUUAGCAACCGUUACCUGGACUUCAGCUCCAAGGAAGUCAAAGAUCGAAUCAGCAGCAAUGUGGAUGGCAAAUACCUCAUGGAUGGAGUUCCUUUCAGUUGCUGCAACCCUAGCUCACCAAGACCCUGCAUCCAACAGCAAAUAACCAACAACUCGGCUCACUACAGCUAUGACCAUCACACCGAAGAUCUCAAUAUCUGGAAACGUGGCUGCAGAGAUGCUCUCGUAUCCUACUAUGGUGGAAUGAUGAGCACCAUAGGGAUACUUGUGCUGCUGGUCACCCUCUUGGAAAUUGCUGUAAUGAUUGGACUACAGUACAUAAACACCUCUCUGUCCACGCUGGUGAACCCAGAAGACCUUGAGAGCGAGAGUGAGGGCUGGAUCCUGGAGAAAACUGUCAAAGAGACCUUCACUGACAUCAUGGCUAAGAUGAAGGCCAUGGGCAAAGGCACUCAAGUGGAGGAGGGAGCACAGGAAGAGGCUGUUGCCACUUUGAGCUGAGUGAGCUUAGCUCACUAGAACUUUGGCCACACCUACCUGAGGUAGAGAGCUGUGGGACACAGCCUCAGACUAAAACUGUAACUAUAUCACUCACACUACACAAAGUGAAGACGAAGCCAAUUACUGAGGACCAGGUGAAGAAAAAACAAAAGAAAAACAAAACAAAAAAAAACAACCAAAAUACAAACCCUUUUCAGUUAGAAGUAUUCUGUUUAUAAAGCCUGUAUAUUUCAGUUGGUAUAUGAGAAACACAGUAUUAUGUUUAAAUCCCCAGGAAACACCAUAAAUGAAUAUACAAAUUAUUGGCUUGUUAUAAAGAUGGUCAUUAAAUAUUCAAAAUCCAUUUUUUUUAUAUUUUUUAUUUUUUUAAAACAAGUUUUGCACCUCUAUUUGACUUUAUACACCCAAACAUUUUUAUAGUCAAAUGUUAUGUCUACCAUUCGACUUCAGUUUUCAUGUUGUUUUAUUUCAUAUUUGAGCUGAUAUUCAAUUUGAUGCUGGCUAGUCUGGGAUUUGACAUUGUAUGAGAAGUAAGAGUGGAAACUAGCUGUGUGAUGUCCUUCCAUGGCAACCGUUUCUAGCAACCAACAAUGCUACACCUAACUACAGUCAGGACAUUUAUUUAUUAGGACAUCCUUUAACAACACACCUUAACUGUCAUGUGACAAUUAUGUCAAAUGAAAAGAAACUGCUACCAUUUCAAUUCUAUGAGAAGCUAGACAGGUUUCAUUUCACCUCUCUGGACUUAGGUAUGAAAUGUGUACAAAUGAGAAUGCACAUACUUUUUUGACAGCGAUGGAUGGAGGGACAGCAAGUAGAUGUUUUUAUUGUUUUAUCUGAAAAUUAAGUAAUGCUUUAUAAAAAUGUAUUGUAUUUUGAAGUAAAAGUAAUAUGGUUCCAAAUGAGUAUGACCAGACUUUGAUUUGGGAAAGGGGUAUUACUGUAAAGUAUAUUUUUGUGGCAUGCCUAAUGAGUACUUUGUUAGAUUAUCUGCCCCUGAAGAUAAAUAAUUUCAUCAGAGCUGAAAGGGGAGGCUGAUUUUGCAGGUUUAGGAGACCAGGAGGGAACAUUUGAGGCCCCAGUAAGUGCUAGUACGAGUGAUAAGCAGGUUCAGGGUGAGGGGACGCCUGAGAAGGCCCUUGGAGCUGAAGAGAAAGCUUAAGACUGGCAGCUAAACCCUGACCUGUGACUUCUGCAUUCCCACUGUUGGGAUCUGCUGCGCUUUAAUAUCGACACAAUUACUACACAAAAUAUCCCAGGCCAGAGACCGAAACUCACUCGAUACUCAAACUUGUAAUUAUUUGUAAUUAUUCAAAAAGACUAUUCUAAUUACAUGUUAAUGUAAAUAGUGUAGAAUUACUACAAAUUCUAUUUUUCUUUUUGUAAUUUUUUAAAAAUUAUUUUGCUUGUGCGAAAAGUUGACUUUACAAUAGAACAGUGUUUGUUGCUUAGUGAUUGUUACUGUGAA